UCUUGAACAUUAGUUUACAGUUGCUAUCCCUGUUUUGUUUCAGAGAAAGUAAUAUUUUCUGUCUUGCUCAUUAGGAGUGCAUGUUCAGUGCAUUCCCGUUCGUCGCCCCGUCACUAGCUGUAUGAGACGAGACGUCUCACGUCAUUAUUUUUGAUCAUUCAAUAAACUACAGUGCUAUUGAAUACGGGUGUAACGUGUUGUUUUAUGUUUUCGAUCAAUGAUAAUGUUUUCGUCGGAUAAACGCGACGAAAACAACGCUGGCUCAGUCUGUUAUCGGCAAGGUUAAGUGAUAUUGUAAUAACUAAUAAUGCAAUCGUGUAAAACUGUUGGCUAACAUUUUACUAACGCAAUGGAAUAAACAUUUUCUAUCAAAAAUAAAAAAAAUAUGUGUUGAUAGUGAGCUGACUUAUUUUAGAUGCGCGUGUGAAGUAAACAGAUAUGGGACUUUCUCAUAAUUGUGUGUUAUAUAUUUUAUGAGUGAUAAAUUAUCUAAGAUGGGUUCUACUGGGCUUACUUUGGCAGAUUUGCCUAAUAUAUUUAUUAUGAUUGGCGCUCUAAUUGCGCUGUUCGUCAUGCUAGUCAUAUUAUUGAGGAACAUGGAAGUGAUAGGCAUAGUGGGCGAGGGCCGUGAUGACGCUUGGCCCCGCUCCAUGCAUCCACCUCGAUUGCUGAUGCAGAGGGUUCACAUACCCUUUACCUUCAAACUGCAAGACAACGAGCCUAUUGGUUACAAUGGUGUCAGAUGUUCCAUGUCGUCGACGGUGCGGUACUGGCACGCGAGCUGGUGGGGUGCCCCAGUACGGGAGCUGCACCAGACGCUAUGGGGAACCCUGCCCGAGAUCCUUUCCUCCACACACCUCAGCUUCACCAGUUGCGAGCCCCACGAGGAGUCAGUCCUGAGUCUAUCGUCGGAGGAGCCGCUCCAGCUUGGACCUCCGCCCAGGAACUGCUACCCUCUGGUCGUGAUCCUCGCCAGGGAUCAGAGGGACACGGCUGAGCUCCGGCCUGACGAUACAGUCGCAUUGAUUAGCAUCGUGCACAUAAAGGACGACCAGUGUCCGCUGCCCAGCGGAGUUAUAGCACAAUAUCUCAAGCAGGCUAAUGGCCAUUUGUCCUGUUUAAAGCAACUGUACGUGAGCGGGUCUGUGCGCGAUCUAAGCGACAUGAGCGAGGGGUUCCGCGCAGGUGGUGAGGCACUUUGCUGCGUGUGUGCCUCCGCACCUCUGUCCCGUGCCUUGCUGCCCUGCCGUCACGCCUGUCUGUGUGCUUCCUGCUUGCCAAAACUCGACAAAUGUCCUAUGUGCCGCAGUAUGAUCACUAGUUACUUCUGCAUACGAAAUGAUGAAGAGCCUCUAUCGGAGCUCAAGCAGCAGUACUCCAUCAACAGGCGACUCCUCAAUCUCUUCCACUAUCAUUAGCACAAACAGGUAUAUGGGAAUUGGGAUGCGGAUGACAGCAACAUGAUUCGAGAUAACAUUGACACAAUUGUUGCUGUUAUCCUCAAUUCGUAUUUAUCAAUGUUUUUUAAGUUUUAGUUAUGAAAAUACCAGCAGAAUUUCAUUACAUAGCAUGCACGACCAAUGCUUACAUGAAUAUUAGCCGUUGACAAUUAUGUGUAUCGGACAGAUCUCCUCAAUCGCUUUUCUGGGUUCAAAGCCCGUACGAAAUGCGAUUAUAUUGUAAGCCAAAAGGGUAUACACAGAAUUGAAAAUUUAAACUAAUAGUCGUACUUGUUAUUUGUAACUGCCAUAAAUAACUGUCGCUUGGUUAUAUGAUUGUCUGAAUAAAAGCAAAUACUCAAAAUGAGGAAUGGAAUUUGUGUAUUGCUGAGGAUGUGAGCAACGUAAUAAGCAUGUUGCUGUAAUUCUUGUUGCUCCUAUCCUCAUUGCUGAUUGUAGUAACGACCGUAAUAUAACUAAAUAUCUCGUUCUUUAUCUAUAAAAUGUGAUUUAGUACGUAAAUAAAAAAGACAAUGUUUCUUUGUGAUAUGUUUGAUGUGACUCGAUUUUAAUUAAGUAACAUGGAAUUUGUUUUGAUAUUAGUUCCGAUGUAGAAUUUAUUUUUCUCAGAUUAUCACUUGCGUGUUAUGAAUUUAAUGCUAUAUUUUCGAAGUGUGAAUUUUAUUGUAACAAUUCAAUUAAAUUGUGUGGGUGCAAAGAAUGGUCUGUGAUAAAUUGCUUUGUGAAUACGCUGACUCUGUAAAUAUAGAAUGUAAAUUUAUAUGUAAUUGUAGACGAAAACAGUUGUAAUUAUUAAAUUAAACAUUAGAUUACCGGUGCGUUUGAUAUGACGUUCGUGAAUUUCAUUAAUGAAAUGGAAAAAUACUUCGAUGUACACCUUCAUUGAUGAUCACAUUAAAUACUUACCUCCUUUUGUAUGAUAUAGAUGCUGUUUCGUAUCAUGGGAUUCUUUCUGUAAUUCUGUUAUAUUAUAUUCAUUCCAUCUUUAAGUCUCAUUGCGACGGACGCAGUCUUAGCGAAUUAAAAAAAUAAUAAUUAUGCCAAUUUUUUCGGUACAAACACUUAUGAAUGAAAUAUUACCGUUUACCAUUACCACGGAAACGUUUAUAGGUAAAAUUAAAUUGGGCGCUUAUGACAUUUAAGAAUUCUGAAUAUCUGUGUCGGGCUAACGUAUGGAUAAAAUAAGAGACUGUGAGAACGUCGAAUAAAAAUAGCGGUGAACUGUUGGCCUCUAUUUUAAGCAAACGCACGCACACUAAAGCAUAUCGCGAGGGAAAGACGUAGCUGUCUUGCACACUAACGUAAUAAACCUGGCCUGAUGUCAUGCGCUGCCUAACAAGAGGCAGUUUUGAAAUAGAAACUAUAAAUUUGUUGUGCUGUACUCAGGGGGAAGGGAAAGCCACAACUCAACAAAAGAAAACCGUUGCGCAGUUAUUGCUAUUUUAGAUACGUUCGUAGCAAUAAUCGCACUAAAAUUAUAAUAUAAAAUGUUAAAUUCGCGUCAGGACACGUGGCCUGAUCGAAAAUUCGUAAGACGGUCGUUAAAAGUAUGGAUGAAAGUUUAUUCUUCUAAAAAGGCAUAAAAGGCAUUUAUUUUCUCAAAAUUGAUUCCUUUAGAAUUCUUUUUGAUGUCAUUUCUUAUACUACUAGAUACUACUACCGCUUCGGAAACAAAUGGCGCUCUGAGAGAGAAGAAGCGGCGCAAGAAACUCUCCCAGCAUUCUUUUUUAAGUAAUUAUAGUUCGGCUAUUUCGACUUAAAUGAUCAUACGGUCCAAUACCAGUGGUUGGAUCAUUGUGAUUGUAGAAGCCGAACCACCGCUAGGUGGAGGGAUCAAAUCUUAGCCGUGAAUUAUUUUUACAGUUUAUUAUGGAUGAAAGGUGAUUUUUUUAUGAGGUUAACUUUUUAAUGUAAAAUAAUUGUAGUACUUCUGAAGUGUUAAAUUUUUUAUGUAAUUAAAAUUGUCAUUUUUGUGUACGAUAGCGCAUUAAAUGAAUAUUGUAUUCAAAAAUGCACAACGUUAAUGUUCAAGUUUUCACUUCUACCGGCACUCCCGAAUUGCAGCCGUUGUGACGACUCAACUUCUGUUAAUAAAAAUAAUAAUUUACGUUUUCGACCAACCUCGGGUAAACACAGAUUACAAUACUUAAAAUAGAAAUAAUUCAAUUAGUAAGUCACUAGAAAUUCAAAUAAUAAUAAUAAAAUCAAAAUCAAAAUUGUAUAUUUCUUUAAGUUAAUAGUUCAGUCAUAUUAUAAUGUUUCAUAUACUGCGCUGACCUCUACUUUAUACCACUGGACUGGCGGCUCUCAAAGUGCUUUUGUGCCUGUUUGAUAUUCGCCAUUUUGGCGCUGUUGGCCAUGUAGCGAGAGUCUGCGGUACUAAAACUAGUGAUGACAACCUCAGCAAACAUCGAUAGAUGGUGAGAAACUAUUUACAAAAAAAAUGUGUACUUUAUUACUUUGAUUCUUGAAUUAUACAUAACACGGAAAACGAAAUUAAUUCAAAUGUACAAAUACUUCUGAGUAUUGUUUGUUCCUUCGCAGCCAUUUGUAUUAUACGUCAAACUUAGUUCUCUGGACGCUCGCGAGUGGCGCUUUAAAUAAGCACAAAAAAAGAAUGCUGUCAAACAUAUGGAACAGCCUGUCCAGUGGUAUUUAUACAGGUUAGUGAUAUACUGACAUUAAAACAGCACCAUCUGCCCAUAACAGUGUUAAAACGUGAACUGAGACUGGGACUUUAGAUGGAAUGUCUCGUGUUGCUGUAAAUUGUAAUUACACCAGCAUUUAAACAACCAUACCUAUAUAGUGAAGUAAGGCAUGAAAAUUGUAAAAUCUUGGAAUCCAGGGCCAGCCAAUGAAUAACGAGUGUUUUAUUAGAUUAUUAAAAGCUCAAAUAAAAAAAUUCAAAUAAAAAAUUUUUCCGAUCUCGAUUACAAUAAUUUUAAAUUCGAUUCGAAUUUAUGUACUUUCCCCUCCCCACGCCCCCCGCUAUAAAGAUCUACAUUUUUGACUUGUCUAUCUAAUCAAAUUCCUACGUUGUAGAUAAGAUAAUAUGUCAAUAUAUCCAAAUAUACAAUUCAGUAAACAUAUCAAGUGUCAUCCUUCUAUAUAUAUAUAUAUCAUAGUAUUAAAAUAGUAGAUAUGUCACUAGCGCGCCGAAAAUGAAUCGCCUAAAUGGAGGCAAUUGGCCCCUUUGGUCGUAGUCGGUCUCUCGAUACGAAAACGGUACGCACGCGGUUGUUGUUGACAGAAUUGCUUACAAUUUGAUAUAAGUACAACAUUAAAUUGCCGUCUUGUGUUAUGGGAAGAUGCACUGAUUACGAAAGUAAAAAAAAAUCAUAGAAUUGGAUACCACAGUUAAAAAAUCAUGAAUUAUAACUUUCUUCUAUAAUAUACUAUUAAAAACACAUUUCCAAAGUAUUAUUAUAUAGAGAUUAAUUGACUGGCCAUGGAUUCCGAGGUAUAAAUCUUACGGCGCUCCACUAAUAUACCGGAACGGUAGAUUAUAAUGCAAUGCUGUUUUGUGAAAGAAUAGUUGUGGUGGCAUUACUGCCCCAGACAAACAUUAAACAUAUUAUUAAGGCUGAAAUACACAUGCCUUCAUCUGGCACACAUGCAUACCACUUGCACGUGCCAGCUAUUGUCAUGGGUAUGUAUGGGUAUCGCACACAAUUUGAUUUACUUUCAUGCAAUAUGAGAGAGACUGCGAAACCGGCACGUGUGAGCAGACUCGCAACUUCGCAACCUACGGGCAAUAUAUAUAUUUAUCUUUUGGCUGGCUGGAUCCUAAAUUCUUCCUUCUGGUAAUCCAAUUUUUGUCUCAAAUCUGCCCUUCUCUUCUUUUUUUUCUCUCCUAAUUUGAGCCACACAUUAUGUUGUUAGUUGCAGUACAAUACUAUUUAAUUCACUUGGAAUGUUUUCCAUUGCAAGCUCAACUUGAACAGAGUGAAGUAGGAUGCAAGUGUGCCACACUCAUGCGUAAGCAUGCAAGAUUAACUUGCAAAUGUAUUCACUGUGUACUAUUGAAUGUGCCAUUAACUUGUAUGCAAGCUAAUGAUCUGUUUUACAGGCAUGUGUAUUCCGGCCUUUAUUGUUAGUUUUAUUGCUACUAACUUAUAUAAUAUUAUUAUACUUAAAUCUAUAGAAUAUUAUAGAAGCCAAUAUUAUGUUCCCUACAUAACUAUACCACAGUACAGUAAUAGAACAGUACUUUAACUUCAUAUUAGAGCUCCCGAAUCGACGCACGCACACUUACAAACGAUUUAAACGGCCGCUAAGCAAUCUUGGGGAGACAAAACUUUUAGAGUGCCACGCCGUACGCCGCCGAGACUGGUCGCUGUCUUUUUGUGUCUACAAACUACGUAAUAGGUUAUCACGGGCUAUUAUCCGCAACUCGACGACUACAGCGCGCCCAUUUUGCGUGGUUUUUGCCCUCCUCAUGGUAGUGUAUCAAACCUCUGAUGUCACCCAUAACCUCGGGGAGAGUCCUCGGCGACCCCAGGUGUUUAGCCCGGUAUGUGGCCACACUCCUACACUCUAGAAUGAUGUGUGCGGCUGUUUCUUCUGCCUCCAUGCAGGCUCUGCACAAUGGACUGUCGGUGAUACCUAUAUUAAACAGAUGAUUUGUUAAAAGGGCCGUGACCCGUCAAUACAUGAGUUAUUUCUCUCUCGCUCGUGGAAGUUUCACUUGCUUGCGAGUGAGCUUGGAGUCUAUUUGAGGUAGAGCUUCUUUUGCUUGUCCACACCCACUCACUUCCAUCCAGUACUUAUUAUGUAGUUCCUUGGUGUGUUGACGUAUGACCGUUGUAGGCCAGCUAGACGGGAGAGGGAUAGUUGGUUCUGGUCCUUUUGCUGUCAUUGCUGAGCCCCUCCUGGCCAAUUCGUCAGCGACAUGAGACGUAGGUAUAAAUUUGAAGGAGACCGCUACUGUUCUCUUACUUGUACUGUGACUAUACCGACACUGUUAACCUACUACUAAAUAUAAACCAUAUACAACACAUCCAGAUGUAAUUUAAUAUUUUAUAAGAGUUUUCCCCUGAUUUGGACAUAUUUUCAUACCCGACUUUAUUACUAUGUCUUCCAUAUAACCAUGUGUUGACCAGUAUUAUAUGUUAUUGUUUGGUCGAGUUUCUGAUGACGCCGUACAAGACUACUGGUAGGUGAAAUGAAAUUUAAUACAACUUCCCCGGAUUGUAAUUUAAAAAUUGUGGACUGUAAAACGUGUGCAUAGACUUGGUGUAAACUUAUACCUUAGAAUAAAACAAGUAUACGCAAAAUGUUGGCUAUAUCGUUGACAACACUGUCAAUACAAUGAUAAUUCUGAAGUUUUCCAAAUGUCAAACUGCCUUGUAAAUAAACGCGGGAAACGUUAUACGUCCGAAUCAACCAAUCAUAAGCAAAAUGUCUAUAAUAUGUAAACUUUUUGCGUAUUCUUCGUUUAUCCUCAGGUACAAAUUUAUACCAAUUGUAUUUUUAAGGCCGUAAGAUUGAUAUCAAAAACCGAAUAUUUCGUACUAUCGUAAAAGAUGUUUGAAUAUAUACUUUAGAAGUACUUUUUAAGAACCUUUUCUUUUGCAUGGCAGCCAAUAUAUAGUUAUGAGUUCUCGUUGAUUAUCCGUUGGGGACGGAAACUUAAAAAAGCUUUAACUUAACUCAGCGCCAUCUGUCGCUUUCAUACUAUAUUAAAUAAAUUAUUUAUUGCCAUACAGAACAUUACAAAAAAUAAAAUGUAUACACAAAUUCAAUUUGAUAACAAAAUUUAUAAACGAUGCGUGACUCAAACCCGCGAUCUGUCGCGUUCCGUGCGAGCGCUCUUUCCACUGAGCCUACCGUUCGAGUUACAUAUCGUUGAUAGAUCUUGUUGUGGCUUCAAUUUGUGUCAAUCACUUUAAAAAAUAACAGUUGUUAAACAAUAUGCGAAAGGAGAAGGCACAGUUUCACUUCACAUGGUAUCAUGGAUUCAUGGUUCCAUGCAGCGCUGUUUUUCAGCCAUCCCCUAUUCCCUAUGGUUAAUGUAAAAUUAUUUACCCAAAAACCAUUUAGGUACAUAAUUACCAUACAAUAAUAUUAAGUGAAAACCGACAAAUCUUUUUUUUAAUUAUAAUAAUAAUAAAAAGCUACUUUAAAUUACACCAAGUGUGUGGCUGGUUUCCAGUAGCCUCUAGCCUAUACAUCGGGCCUUAAAUUAUUAUGAAUGAUGAUAACAUGACCAUGAUGACAAUGGUAAAUGAUUUCCGUCGAACAAUAAAAAAAUUCUAGAACAUUUCCAAUCAUUAUUUUUCGUCCAAUAAACACUUACCACUGGUCUUGUACGUUACUAACGGCCGUUUUCAAUAACCCUUAGUUUAACUUACUAGAGGUAGACAGAUCUAUCCUUUUAAGCUUACUUACAUUUCAAUAACCUAUCGACAGAAAGCAUUGGACUAUAACUAUGGAUAGAUAACAUCUUGUCAUUAAACGGUGACAGCAAUGUAUCCGUAGGUGAAACUAAGGAUAGAUAGGUUAUUGAAAACGGCCGUAAAUGUUUAGUAUUUAAGAGGUGCAUACAAAAAUUGUUCUAAAACGUUGCUGUAUAAAUAUAAGUAGAUUAUCAUAAUAGAAUAAAGGAAAACAAUUGUCAAAUGCGUAUGUAACCUAUUUGUUUUACACUAAUAUUAUUUAAUAACCCGACGAGUGCUUUAAUAUUAAAAGCAUUAAUUUAACAUUGAAAUUUUCAAUAUUCAAACGAAAUGUCUCCAUAAACAAUUGUGAGACAUACCUACAAAUUGUUCCUUAUUACAUUACAAUUGAGUUCAAUUUCCUUUGUAUAAAUUGACUGCAAUUGUAUAUAUUUUUGAUUGCGUAUGUCUUCAAAGUGAAAUACUUAAAUUUACCACAGUAUAAAUAAAUUUUAAUAGUUUCACAGGUUAGACCCACUGAGUGAGAAUUUUAUUACUGUAGAGCACUUUUUAGUAAUGGCAAUAAAACAGUAGUGUUUACUACAAGUUACUAUUUAUAAUUUGCACUCAUCUAUUAUUAAUUGAUAUGUAUUAUUAUCCUCACGUAGGAACUUAGCCGCUUUAGACAUCGGCAAUAUCACUAAAAAGGCCAAAAAAUGGCGGUAAAUACUUACAAUGUCCCUAAACUUAGGUGUCCAGUCCUGUUGCUGUAAAAGAAAAAUACUUAGAACAUUUAUACGUCUUCAUAGACAGCUGUGAAAACAUCGAAAAAAAAUUUAGUUUAGAACUAACCUCUAUAUUGAACAAUUCACGCACACUCAAACAAUGUGUCAGACAAAUCCCGAGUGUAAGACAAAGCUUGUCACGCACACUAGACUAAUAUUCCUAGACGUAUAAAUUAUCUAAGAAGAAAACGAAAAAUUAAACCGAUCUAAUUAAUUUCGGUUAUGUCGCUCGUACUUGUCUUGACAAGUGAGAUACUGAAAAAAUCAUUGUUUCUAUUUUGUACUCUGCCAGCUUUUUAAUAGUGCAUUAUGUUAUAUUAUGACGCCUCUUCACAAUCGGCGAUUAAAGGCGAUCUUGUCUUGUCACCGUCAAGUCUUGUCGGUUUUUCGGGCACGCUUCAAAGGGAUUUCGCGUGGCCGGUCAUUCAUUAAGGCGACACUAAAUGCCAGCGACCUUGAGCGAUAUGAGUUCACGGCUGCCAGCCCGCCAUCUAUGUGACAAAGCCAAUAUUUUCAAAAUUCUUGGGUGUUGGUUCUUACAAUCCUCGUUAUUCACUACUAAUCUGAAUAAAUGAACCUACACAAAAAAGUACAAGCUAUAAGAAUAACUUUUCUGAGAGAAGUACCAAAAAAAUGCGUCACGCCAUGCCAAAAAACUUGUUUAACUUCAAAGAAAUGUGGUAUUUCAAAAAGGCUCGGCAGUGUUAACUAUAACCAACAGCAAGCAUUAGCAACCUACAAAUAAGACUUAAGGAUAUGUGUAACAGGAUUAAGUAGUGUUCAUAGCUCGAAAUGCUAUACUUUCACCAUAAAACUUGUCUAAAAACCCCAUGUUGCGUGUUUUCUGCUUACUCUUCGCCUUAACUAGAAGGCACUGGACUGUGAGCUAUUAAGAGAAUGCCUAUUGGUUGGUACCUAUCCUACUAAAUUGAAUUUAUUGUGGAACCCUAGUUUACUUUGUUAUAUUAAGAUGAAUGCUGAAACACUACCAUCUUCUCUAAUUCCAUUUCUUUUGCACAACUUUUCGUUCAUAUAUCUAUAUCAUAUUGCUAUAAACUCCACGUCCAUCUUGAAGGACUGCCGCCCAGUAAAUGAUCACAAACGAUCGUGUGGAUGCUUACAAUCGAGGAAGCAUCCACACACACACAUUUAUUGUUGUGUAUCGGAUCAACGAUUAACUUACCGAUGACAUACGAUCAUACAAGUCACGCUCAUUGCCGAUAGUGGAAAGGAGACUUUAUGUUUAUGUUGAAUUUAUGUAUUUUCCUUUUGACUAAAAUAUUGAAUUAUUUUUAAAUGUAUUUUUAUUCAUAUAUUCAAUACAUUGAAUUUGUGUGACUAGGUUGUAAAAUUAAUGUGAAGGCUAUUAUUAUGUCCUUAAAAUACUAAGUGUUAGAGGCUAAAAUCGAGAGCGAUAUAAAUUGUUAUAUUUUUGUUUAAAUGUGUAAAUAAAUACAAUUGCCAAAGUAA